CCCACUCAGCUCCUGGUCACACCUCCUGCAGGUCAUGUCCCCGCCCGCUCAGCCCCUGGCCACGCCCCGUCCCUUCUCCUAUUGGCAGACUCUCACCUGUCCACGCCCCUUCCCCGACUCCGCCCCCGCCGCCGCUCGCCGGCCGGAAGUGGCGGAGCCGGGAACGCGGGGACAGACCCCGGGGGUCGCUCCUGGCCUGAGCCCUCCUGCCCCGCCUCGGUGUGACUCCCCCGUCGGUGUCACCCCCCCAUCCAUGGGUGCUGCCUGCGGGGCCUUGUCCCACGCGGUGCUGGCCGCUGUCUGCCUGCUCUGUGCCCAACGGGCCCGGCAGGUCACCGAGGGCCCAGCUGCUGGCUUCCUUCUGCAGGCCCUGACAGCUGCUAGUGAUGCCCUGGCACCGCUGUGGCCUGUUGUUGUCACCAGGGGAGGUGACAGUGAUCCUGACCCCUUCCCUGGUGUCUGGAUCUCAGCCAUGUUGGCUCAACCUUUGGUGGUUUUUGGCUUCCACCGCCUCAGUGGUGACCGAGACACCGCCAACUUGCUGCUGGGAGGUGCCACGGCACUGGCACUCAUCACCGCUGUGACCACCAGCACUGGCACCACAUGGGCACCAGCAGAGGGACACUUGAUGGCAGUUCGUGCUGUCACCUUCCUUACCACCUGCAGCCUACUCACUCUUGCUGGCCUCACUGGCAAUGGCACUGCAGCACUGGGUGGGCUCCUGAUGGCUGCUGGAAACCUGCUGCCAUCACCUGGCACUCAGCAAGAGUGGCACCCGUGGGUGCUUGCAGCGGGAAAUUUGGCACUGGAGAGGGCACUGAGGGUGCAAAAGCUGGGUGUGGAGUGAACUGUGUGGCACCUCAUGGCACCAUGAAGCAUGUGAGGAGUAAAGGUGCCAUGUGGUGAUGG